AUGGCCGGCUGCUACUCCUCCUCAGCAAGCGCACCCCUCCACGCCCUCGCAAACCAGUUCCUCGGCGAAUCGACCUUCUCGGCCAAAACAUCCCUCUUCCGUCCUUCUUCGUCGUCAUCGGCUUCUUCUUCGUCAACACGGUAUCACCACCAAGGACAGGGACAAGGACAAGGUCAAGGAUACCACCCAGGAGGACUCUUCCCCCGCCAGCACCUGCAACAACAACAACAACAACAACAACAACACUAUGCCAAACACCAAUUGGCUACCAACAAACACAAGACAAUCGAUGAUAACACUGCAUUCGAACACGCCUGGUCAACUUCCUCCUCAGUCCAACAGGACCAACUUCGCCACCAUUAUCAGGCAGAUCCGUGGGCAACACAGUUCAGCAACACAAACCAAAGACCGAUACCCAAUCAGCGUCAUCUCCAGGACCUCGAUUUGAUCUCCUCUUGGGACCAUGCCUUAUCGACGACAGCCGGUCAACAUGCUAUCUCCUCCGGAGGAGGUGGCGCUCUCCUUCCUGGACAAGAUCUGUCCACUGAAGAGUUUGACGCCUACUACUAUCAGUCCCCUUCUGAAGAAGCCCUCGCCGACAGUCUCUGGGCCCAAGAGAUGGUCCACACCGAACCAGUUCCCUCUUCUUCUGCAACGCUCCUUCAGGGUGCCAACAGCCAAACCGAGGAAAGCGAUGACGACGAGGACGAGUUCCGGGAAGAAUGGAAUAACGACCACUUCACCCAGGCCUACAUCAACACCCACCAAUCCCAAUUCCGCCAGAUCGAAGAGCAAGACCGUCUCAAGGAGGCUCGACUUGCCGAAGAGCGUGAGCGCCAGCGGGUCACCUCUGGUGGUCCCCCUCGGUCUUCAUAUUCGUGGAUGAUGACCGGCGUCCCUUCGCCUUCUACCGCCAUGGACACUGCCGCCUCUGCUGCUGCUGCCAACUCGGAUGGCCAGAGUCGGCUACGAGUUCCAGGGUUGGACUCAGAAGAGAACUUGUACCAGCAUUCUCAUCCAGGAAACUCCAGCGACUUUUGUGUGAGUGAGUUCGAGUCCUUCAACUACACCCCUACUAUCAUGAACUCCACAACACCCAAUUCGCACCACUAUCAUCUCCACCAGGAACAGCCAGCUCCCUUGAAACCCAUCCGAGCAGAAGACCGCUUCCUCUCCCUCGUCAAGGACAUUCACUUCGCAGAACAGACCUACUACCCCCCCGCAUCCUCCGCUACCGUUCCCUCUCAAGACCUCGACGUCGACCUUACUACCCUAGCUGCGGCUGCUGCCCACCUCUCUCCUUUUGUAACAGUAUCGACCAACAGCGCAUGGGCUCAAGAGUUCGCCACCGCCACCCCCAUCGAUCACCAACACCAGGCUCCUAAAAAGUUUCUGGCCGCAGAAUGGAAUUGGGAAAAGAUCUUUGGAAAGGACCCCCGGAAACAACUCGACUCUGCAGCCACCACCGCAACCGUCGCAGCAUCAGCAGCAGCAGCAGGUGGAGCCACAAUGGAUGAAAAUGAGCGUCUUAAGGCUGUGGCAUUGGCGCGCCUCCAGGCCGUCUUCAAGCAUCUCACCCUCGCUCCUUCCUCGACUGUAUCUCCUCCAUGA